CCCCCCCCAUGGACUGGUUCCACUGCAACCGCUGCUUCCGCCAGCGCGCCGCCCGCUUCUCCGUCACCAGCUGCGGCCACGUCCUGUGCGAGCGCUGCGGGGCCGCCGGGCCCUGUGCCGUGUGCGGGGCGCAGUGCCGCCUGCUGCCCGUGGGGAGCCAGCUCCAUCCCGCCCAGCGCCGGUUCUUCCGCAGCCCCACGGAUGCGGCCACACGGGCCCUGACACAGGUGUCACAGGCGUGGCGGUUCCAGCGGGCGCAGGCCGAGCUGCGGGUGGCGCGGCAGCGCGACGUGGCCCAGCGGGCCCGGCGGGACCUGCAGGAGGCGCAGCGGGAGCUGCAAACGCUGCGGCGGGAGAACGCGGAGCUGCGCCGGGCACAGCUCUCCCCAGUCUGGCCCAGCAGAGGCUCCGCCCCCCGGCCCGUGGGCGUCACCUCCCCCGCCAGCACCGUUCCCGCCCAGCGGCGCCAGCUCAGCAGCCAAACCAUCAGCCGCUCCGCCUCGGCCACGCCCCCCGGUGAGAGGCCCCCGUUUCGCGCCUUUUUCCCCCGGGCCACGCCCCCCAGCGCCGAGGCCACGCCCCCUUUCCCCACCCACGCCCGCUGGUUGGCCAGCGCUCACCGCAGCGCCUAAACCCCGCCCCCUUUCCCCUCAGCCGCACCCCAUUGGUUAGCACCCCCCCCUUCUCUUGCCCAAGCCCCGCCCCUUUGCCACGGAUUGGCUGGUGAAGCGGAAGCGCCGCGUCAUGCCCUCAGUCAACAUGGCGCCCGCUUGGCAAAGGCGCCGACCAAUCCGCGUCCGCCACCCCUCGUCCCCUUAGCAACGCGCCCGCCAAUCCGCGCUCCCCUUCCUCCCCCGCUCCCCCGCCCCUUAGCAACGCGCCCACCAAUCAGCGCUUCCCCUUCCCCCCCUUCCCCUUAGCAACGCGCCCACCAAUCCGCGCUCCCCUUCCCCCCCCGCUCCCCCUGCCCUUAGCAACGCGCCCGCCAAUCCGCGCUCUCCCUCACCCCCCGCUCCCCCUCCCCUUAGCAACGCCCCCACCAAUCCGCGCUC